CUAGGUCUGUCUGAUCUCAUCCCACAGUAGCCUCUAACUCCACAAUGGCACCCUCUCGCUCGCAUAAAAAAGCUGCCCCCAGCAAUCGUCCACGAAAAGCUCGAUUGGCUCAAAAUGCUAGACCGCUGACGGAUGGCCAAUUCGAUACCCAGAAAAGUCGCAUCAAAGCUUUGAACGACUGGAAUGAUGAAGACAUGAUGGAUGACGAAGACCAAUUCUUUGCAGGAAACGAUAAGGUCUUACUGGAACAAACUAAUGGCGGGGGACAAAUCGAACACGAUCUAGAUAUACCUCGACAGCUAUUGGACUUAGAAUCUGACGAUGAAGAUGCAAUGCAAGAAGAUGAAAUGGAUGAAGAGCCAGCUCCACGAGCUCCCAAGCAAAGGAAAGCCAAACCCGAUAUCGAUAAUACAAAAAAAGGACGAUUUGGCAAAAAGAUGGACGUCGGACACACUGCGGAAGACGCUGAUUCUGACUUUCAUAACGACCCAGAUACCGAGUCUGAACAGUUGAGCUCGGAGGAUGAAAAGGACAACCAGGAUCAAGACCAGGAAGAAGAAGAAGAAGAAGAAGAAGAAGAAACUUGGAAAUCAUAUCACGUCACCAGGGCACAAUCUAAGAAGUCCAAGAAGAAGCCUCGAAAUGAUCCUGAUUCAAAAGCGGAAGAAGAGGAACGUCGAGCAUUAGAAUUAGAAGAAGUCAAGCGCUUGCAACUGAAAGCUAGGUCAAAACUUAUCCGGGACGAUUUUAUGUCUUAUCUCGACUACGCCUCUGAUUCAGAAUUAGUUGAAGUAGAAGCGACUUCAGAGCUGAAAGGAGCUAUGGACCUCUUAGAGUUCUCUCCACAAAAGUUUGAAUCUGAACCUGAAGCUAUCGCAAUGAUGUUGAAGACUAAACCUGAGGUACUUGCUCUUGUCGAUGACUUCCAACGAAACUUGAUCACUUUGAUGGAGGUCAAGGAAGAUGUCUUGGGCUCACUCAAAGCCGCUGAUGAGGCUGAUGCUGAUCACAACAUAUUCAACCAAGCUGUCGGUUGUUUGCAGUAUCACGUCCUUUCGACCUAUUUAUCGACAGCGGCUUUCUACCUUCAUCUCUCAUUGAAGACACCGUCGCAGACCACACCUGUGAUGGGUGAGGUCAUGCUGGCACUACUCGAACUAAGAACAUCCUUGAACAAGAUGGAUGAAUAUGGUCUUACGGGUGACUCUGUGGACGAGGAGCUGGAGGACAUGUCUGAUCUCAUGGACGCUUGUCGUGAGGACUACCUUGAUCACGAUUUUUCACAAGAACUUGAAGAGCUUCAAGAUGACCAUGACGCUAUACACGAUAAUGCCCGACCUCUGGUUUCUCUUGGUGAAUUGCCAGCCAAGUCUUCUAAGAAAUCCAAGUCCUCUAGUUCGAAGUCGCGUCAAGGGGAUCCAGAGUCAAGCUCAAAGGCGAAGAAGAGAAAGCGUUCUGCUCAAUCAAUAGAAGUCGAGGAUCCUAACCUAGCCUUGAGCUUUCUACCCAAGCGGUCCGAAACUGGCUCACUUCCUUCACAUAAUCAAUCAGAUUUCAACGAUUUUAUAGAGCCUACAUCAUUGACAGCCAGCGAAGAUCAGCAAAAGUCAAGCGGAAAGAGAAACUUGCGGUUCUACACUGCCAAGAUCGAUGCCAAAGGCAAGCGAAGAGAAAAAGCGAUACACGGGGUCGAUGGCAACGCGACUGGAGACAGCGAUCUACCUUAUCAUACAAAGGAAGCUCGCCGGCGCGAAUUCUUACAGAAUCAAGAUCACGGGCAGCCGCUUGGUAGUGAUGAUGAAAGUGGCCUUGAGGCGGAUGUUUCCUAUGGUCAGGAGACCGACCCAGACCAGAGUGGAGAUUAUCACGACACUAUCAAAGAGUUGAAGCAAUCUGCGAAGAUCGCCAAGAAAGCGAAAUACGAUGAACAGCGACUAGCUGAGAGGAACGCACUCUCUACGGAGGCUGAAUCAGGAGGACCAAGACAAGCAACGCGCCAAAUCCUAAAGAACAAGGGUCUGACACCCAAACGUGCCAAGGUGAACCGAAACCCUCGAGUCAAGAAACGAUUGAGAUUCGACAAAGCAAACAAGAAGAUCUCAAGUCAAAGACCGACUUACAAAUCAGAUCAGGCUGCCAAGGGUCGUGAAAUGAAUGGAUACUCGGGCGAGAAGAGCGGGGUGAAGUCUACACUCGUCAAGAGUCGCAAGCUUUGAGGUAGUUGUUCGAUUUGCUAGUUAUGAUUUAGUGUGUCUUGUUUCCUCGGAUUCGCAUUGUAAAGAAAACUUCAUCUUGAAC